AUGGUCGGUGGAAACGUCAGCUUCUACUGUCCUGUAGACGAAACGAAAGAAGUUGACAUUGCUGUACUUCCAAAAACCUAGUAACCGACAGUUUUCCUUAAUGGAUACUAUUCUACAAAACCCAUAAAAACAACACAAAACAACACAAAAUUGGACCUAAACAAAACAAUAAUGUACAUGUUUGAUCUAAAGUUGUCUGACAGUGGAGACUACGAAUGUUAUUAUAUGUAUGCCAAUACAAAUAUGGUUAAGCCAGCGAGGGUUGAGAUGCAUCUUACUGUCACAGCCCUCUUCAGUAAACCUGUAAUCUCAAAAACCUGUGAUGAAAGAAACGGCUACCCAUUGGACUGUCAUGUGAAAUGUGAAUCACAUAACGGGUUACCGAAGAAACAAAUAAAGUGGAAUGUACCUGAAAAUAGUAGCAGAGACUUGUUGAAGGAAACCAGAAUGGAUGAAGUACCGUCCAAUGCAGGGCUGGUUAAUAUCUCCAGCACUGCGUACUUUAACUGCUCUGUUGAUAACCUGACGGUGUCCUGCUCGGUGGAUGGCUUCACCUCAGAUAACAUCUCCGUGUGUCCUUCUAAGCCCCCCCCUGACAAGCCUGGCCCGUCCAUUGUUCAUGUAGCUGCAGGAGUUGUUUGUACUCUUGUGGUUGUGCUGUCAUUGGUUUUGUACAUUACAUUAAGAAAGAGAAACAAAUCCUGCUUCUCUGCGAAAGCCUCCGAAGUUUGUUUGAGAGCAUCGGGAACAAAGGGCAUCAAGAAGGCCAAGGAACACAGCGGUGAGAGACAGGAGAAAGUGGUGGAGCAAUUUAAAGCGGGGUAA